CCUCGCUCCCCUCCCUGCCUCUUCUCUGUCCUCCCUUAUUAACUUUUCUUUCUCUGCUAAGCUGAGAACUAAGACAAGAGAAUGGGUAUUCUGCUUUGGAGAUUUUACUGGAUGGGGAAAUUUUUUAUCCGCCCUGUGGUAAGAAGGAAGGAAUAAUAAGAGACCGAACAGGGCUUCGGGCUUUCGGUGGUUUGGGUUGGGUUCUCCGGACUUAAGGAAAAAAGGGAUCAAAGGCUUACUCAUCCCACACUGGUUUUCGAACUCAGAAUGCAGGUGGACAGUUUUCAUUCUUCAUUUUCUGUCCUGGCAACUCUAAAUUAGUAAGGAUUACUCCGAGAUCUCAUGCCUGUGCCUUCUAAUAUCUGGGUUUUGCUCAGAUUCUGGAAAAGUAUCAGAAAGGAUCGGAUAUUUGGCAGGUAUUCUCAACGAAUUUGACAGAUCUGGAGCACAACCGGCUUCCUUUUCUCUGUAUUGUUUCCCUGUACCUCUGAGCUAUGGAAGCCAGUGCUGGUUUAGUUGCUGGUUCCCACAACAGGAAUGAGUUGGUUGUCAUCCGUCGUGAAGGAGAAUCCGGUCCAAAGCCGUUGCAGCAGCUUAGCGGUCAAAUCUGCCAGAUUUGUGGAGAUGAUGUUGGGCUCACUGUUGAUGGGGAGCUUUUCGUUGCCUGCAACGAAUGUGCUUUUCCGAUUUGCAAGACUUGCUACGAAUAUGAGCGGAGUGAAGGAAGCCAGGUCUGCCCACAGUGCAAGACCAGGUUCAAACGUCUCAAGGGAUGUGCUAGAGUUGCUGGUGAUGACGAAGAAGAUGGUAUCGAUGACCUUGAGAAUGAAUUCAAUUUUGCGGGGAGGGAUAAACAGGAUAUGCAGUAUCUUGCAGAGGCCAUGCUUCAAGGUCACAUGAGCUAUGGUCGAGCCGGGGAUGCGGACAUGCCUCAAGUGAUUCAUACAAUGCCUCAAGUUCCUCUGCUUACUAAUGGCCAGAUGGUCGACGAUAUCCCUCCCGAGCAGCAUGCUUUGGUCCCUUCUUUUGUGGGCGGUGGAGGGAAAAGGAUUCAUCCCCUUCCUUUUUCAGAUCCUAGCUUUCCAGUGCAACCCAGAUCCAUGGAUCCGUCUAAGGACCUGGCUGCUUAUGGUUAUGGAAGUGUUGCUUGGAAGGAGCGGGUGGAGAAUUGGAAGCAGAAGCAAGAGAAAUUACAGGUCAUGAAGAAUGGAAAUGGUGGCAAAGAUUGGGACAACGAUGGAGAUGGGCCAGAUCUACCCUUAAUGGAUGAAGCUAGACAGCCGCUAUCAAGAAAAUUGCCUAUUCCAUCGAGCCAAAUCAACCCAUACCGGAUGAUCAUUAUAAUACGGCUUGUUGUUCUUGGGUUCUUCUUCCAUUACCGGGUCAUGCAUCCAGUGAAUGAUGCCUUUGCAUUGUGGCUCGUCUCUGUAAUCUGUGAGAUCUGGUUUGCCAUUUCAUGGAUUUUAGAUCAGUUUCCAAAAUGGCUUCCAAUUGACCGGGAAACUUAUUUAGACAGACUGUCCUUGAGGUAUGAGAAGGAAGGCCAGCCUUCUCAACUCUCUGCAGUUGAUAUAUUUGUGAGUACGGUGGAUCCUUUGAAAGAGCCUCCUUUGGUCACUGCAAACACUGUUCUGUCAAUUCUUGCUGUUGACUACCCUGUCGACAAGGUUUCCUGCUAUGUUUCGGAUGAUGGUGCAGCCAUGUUGACAUUUGAGGCUUUGUCAGAAACAUCUGAGUUUGCAAGGAAGUGGGUUCCUUUUUGCAAGAAGUUUAACAUUGAGCCACGGGCACCAGAAUGGUACUUUGCUCAGAAAAUAGAUUAUCUGAAGGACAAGGUGUUGCCUUCAUUUGUAAAGGAGCGGAGGGCUAUGAAGAGAGAAUAUGAGGAGUUCAAAGUUCGGAUAAAUGCAUUAGUUGCCAAGGCUCAAAAGGUCCCUGAAGAAGGGUGGACAAUGCAGGAUGGGACUCCAUGGCCUGGGAAUAAUGUCCGUGAUCAUCCUGGCAUGAUUCAGGUCUUUUUAGGACAAAGUGGGGGACAUGACACAGAGGGCAAUGAAUUGGCUCGCCUAGUGUAUGUUUCUAGAGAAAAGAGACCUGGAUUCAAUCAUCACAAAAAGGCUGGUGCUAUGAAUGCUUUGGUGAGAGUUUCUGCUGUGCUCACAAAUGCACCAUAUCUGUUAAACUUGGAUUGUGAUCAUUACAUCAACAACAGUAAAGCUCUUAGGGAGGCAAUGUGUUUCAUGAUGGACCCAUUGUUGGGAAAAAAGGUUUGCUAUGUGCAGUUCCCACAAAGGUUUGAUGGUAUUGAUAGGCAUGAUCGAUAUGCUAACCGGAAUAUUGUUUUCUUUGAUAUCAAUAUGAAAGGGUUGGAUGGGAUUCAAGGACCUAUUUAUGUUGGGACUGGAUGUGUGUUUAGAAGGCAGGCGCUCUAUGGUUUUGAUGCUCCAAAGACGAAGAAGCCACCGACUAGAACCUGCAAUUGUUGGCCAAGUUGGUGCUGUUUCGGAUGCUGUUGUUCUGGGAGGAAGAAGAAGACUACCAAGCCCAAGUCCGACAAGAAAAAGAGAGGAUCCAGGAAGGGAGAUGCAGGGGCACCUGUCUUUGCUUUGGAGGGUAUUGAAGAAGGCAUUGAAGGGAUUGAGAGUGAGAAAUCUGCUAUAAUGUCUGAGCAAAAGUUGGAAAAGAAGUUUGGGCAGUCUCCUGUGUUUGUUGCAUCCACCCUGCUUGAGAAUGGUGGAGCACUGAAAAAUGCUAGCCCUGCCUCUCUUCUAAAAGAGGCCAUCCAAGUCAUCAGCUGUGGCUAUGAAGACAAGACAGACUGGGGUAAAGAGGUGGGUUGGAUCUAUGGUUCAGUUACGGAGGAUAUCUUAACGGGUUUUAAGAUGCACUGCCAUGGAUGGAGAUCUAUAUAUUGUAUCCCAGCAAGGCCAGCCUUUAAAGGAUCUGCACCCAUCAAUCUCUCUGAUCGUUUGCACCAGGUUCUUCGGUGGGCUCUUGGUUCUGUAGAAAUUUUCUUGAGCAGGCAUUGUCCUCUCUGGUAUGGGUAUGGAGGUGGUCUGAAAUGGUUAGAGCGUCUGUCUUACAUAAAUGCUACUAUAUAUCCUUGGACAUCAAUUCCAUUGCUUGCUUACUGCACUCUACCUGCUGUCUGCUUGCUCACGGGAAAAUUCAUCACCCCAGAGCUUAGCAAUGUUGCUAGCUUAUGGUUCUUGUCACUUUUCAUCUGUAUUUUUGCAACAAGUAUCCUGGAAAUGAGAUGGAGUGGUGUUGGUAUUGAUGACUGGUGGAGGAAUGAGCAGUUUUGGGUGAUUGGAGGUGUUUCUGCACAUCUUUUUGCAGUCUUUCAAGGGCUUUUGAAGGUACUAGCUGGUAUUGAUACGAACUUCACUGUGACUUCAAAAGCAGGAGAUGAUGAUCAAUUUUCAGAAUUAUAUGCAUUCAAGUGGACUACAUUGCUCAUUCCUCCAACCACUCUGCUGAUAAUAAACCUCAUUGGGGUUGUUGCUGGUGUCUCGAAUGCAAUAAACAAUGGUUAUGAGUCCUGGGGACCUCUUUUUGGCAAGCUUUUCUUUGCCUUUUGGGUAAUUGUUCAUCUUUACCCAUUCCUCAAAGGUCUCUUGGGCCGGCAGAACAGGACUCCCACGAUCGUUAUUGUCUGGUCUAUCCUGCUUGCUUCUAUCUUCUCUCUUUUGUGGGUUAGAAUUGAUCCAUUCCUGGCCAAGUCAGAUGGCCCGGUAUUGGAGGAAUGUGGACUGGACUGCAAUUAGCAGUUUCCUUGGGCUUCUAAAGAUUCUGGAGCUUAAUCUGAAGAUUUCUGUUAUCGCACUUCAAGAUUUACUUGGAAUACAAAUUUGUGCGAGGCAGAAAGAAAAGGAUUCAGCAAUCUGUAGAUAGAUAUAUGCAUGGGCUGUGUAGACAUUUUCUUCUUUGCUUGUGUGUGGGGGGGGGGGGGGAACUCACUGCUUUGGGCGCAGGGAAUCCGAGUCAACUCAGCUUGUUGCAGUGUGUAAGUUUAUUGUUCUGAUGGAUUGUUAGGCAGUUUUAUAGUUCUUGAUUCUUUAUUAGUUGGCGGAUGAGGGAAGAAGGCUCAGCCAAAAUGCAGUCUUUGUUGUUGAGGCUGAUCUGGCUCUCUUUAUGGUGUUUUCUUCUUUUCCUUAGCAAUAAGAAUUGGCAAUUGCCUGCAAUUUGUAACAA